GUCAUGGCAUUGCUACUUGACCGGCAGGGAGAUCAUAUCCGCAUCACACAAUCAACUGCAAAGGCUGCGGUUGGAAACGUAUUACAUGGGGAAGAAAUGGUGGCACUGCUGCUCAAGAGGCGAGGUGCUGACAUUACCAUCACUGAAGAGAUCGUAACCACUGCAGCACGAUGCCAAAAUGGUCAUAAAGUACUGGCACUACUUCUCAAAGAGCGAGGACACGAGAUCAUCAUCACCCACGACAUUGUGAAAGCAGCAGUGGGAAACAGUCAUGGCGAACAAAGUCUGGCUUUGCUCCUCAAAGAGCGAGGGGAUGAGGUUAUCAUCACGGAUGACAUUAUUGUGAAGGCGGCUAUCAAGUCAUGUGGCAGGAAGGAAAAUGUGCUCGAACUGCUUCUGGAUCAGCGAGGCGACGAGAUUGUGAUCACGGAAGAGAUACUGAACUUUGCGGUGACACAUACAAAUGGCUCGAGAGAGAAAGCCGUGGCAAUACUCCUAGAGCGGCGAGGACACGAAAUCACCAUUACCGAGGAGCUACUCAAAGCCGCAGUGGGAGUGCUUGGUGGCCAUAAAGUGCUGGCGGUGCUUCUUGAGCGGCGAAGCGAGAUCGCGAUAACGGAGGAGCUUAUGAUAGCCGCAGUCUCAAACGGCAUUUAUGGUAUGGAGAACAUCUCGGUGCUCCUCGAGAAGCGUGGCAAUGAGAUGAUCAUAACCGAAGAGGUUAUGGAGGCUGCAGCAAAAGGGUUCCGCGGGGGAAGAGUAAUUGCCUUGAUCCUUGACUGGCUGGGU